AUGGACGCGCCUGGCUGCUACUUGCAGGCCCUUCUUUCCAACUACAAGGACGUUCUAACCCUCCUGGAAGACACUGAGCAUGUGGAGGACGUGGUCCUCACCAAGGCAGUGGUCAGCGUGAUCGUAAUUCUUGGGACGGGGCAGACUGAGCUGUUCCGACAAGCAAGGGUAGACCUCGCCAAAACGCGGGUUGGGUUGAGUUUCCAUCUUUUGAGCCCGCCCACGAGUUACCCAGGCUGGGUUUCGGGGGUCCCCAACCCGCCCAAAAAUCACGGUGGCUGUGAUGAGUAUCAUGGUGGCUGAAACUUAUGGCAGGGAUGGGACCAGCAUAUAUAUGUGCUAUCCCGCCUUUGUAAAGAAAAA